GUAUAGUAGUCAUUCAUGAAUUCCCAAGUGGACUACUUACUUAAGGAGGUGCAGUCCUCUUCCUUCCUCCCUCCCCUGCUUCCUCAUCGUCAUCGUCAACUAUUUGCCAAGCUCAGCCUCAGCCUCAGCCUCAGCCUCAGCCUCGUGUAUAUUCCAAUCCCAUUGCAUUUCUCAGCCACUAUGAAACUCCAACUACUCCCCCCAUUAUUCCUCACCCUUCUCUCAUCAUCCGCCUUCCUCUUCCACCUCCAUCCAAUUCCGGCCUCCGCCGCUUCCUCAGUCGACGGCGCCACCACCCCAUCCAACGGCACCGAUUUCAUCCGCACAAGCUGUGGCGCUACUUUGUACCCUGACCUCUGCUACACCUCCCUCUCCGGCUACGCCAACGCCGUCCAGGAGGACCCUGCCAGCCUGGCCCGCGUCGCCAUCCACGUAAGCCUCUCCAAGGCACGCCGCAUGACCGUGUACCUCUCCAACAUCUCUCGACAGGCCGACUACGGCGCCGAUCCCCGCUCUGCCUCCGCCGUCCACGACUGCUUCAGCGUCUUCGGCGACGCGGUCGACCAGAUCCGGGGGUCGCUCAAGCAGAUGCGCCAGCUCGGCCCGAACUACGGCGGCGGAUCACUCCGAUUCCAGUUGAGCAACGUUCAGACGUGGAUGAGCGCAGCGCUGACGAACGAGGACACUUGCGAGGACGGGUUCGAAGACGUGCCAGACGCCGGCGUAAAAAUGGACGUGUGUGAUCGGGUGGUGAAGGUGAAGGAGGUGACGAGCAAUGCGCUGGCGUUGGUUAAUAGUUAUGUGUCCAAGGUAUCGCCGUGAGCGAGCGAGCGUGAGGAUGAUUAUGUAGUAGUGGUGGCCGCCGACGACCGCCGUGAGUGGGAGUGACUAUAUAUAUAUAUAUAUGAGAAAUUGAAAAUGAGCAGGUGAAUUAAUUAAUAAUUAGAGAGUUAGUACGUACGUAGUAAUUACCAAGUAGGGAAUGAAGAGCUAGCUAGCUAGAUAUAAAAUAUUAAUUAAUUAAAUUAAAUUAAAGGCGAAGUGAGAAAAAUGAUGGAUGAUCAGUGUAAAUGAAUUAAUGCUAUUAAUUUUUAUAUAUAUAUAUAUAUAU